AAGGCACGAUUCAGAGGUCACGAGGACCCCGUUAUAGAUGAUCAUUCCGUCAUGGUCGUGCCAGCACUCAGGCUUGUGAUCAAUCUGGAAGCCUUAACCUCGCCAUUUUUCUCCCACUUAGUAACUCCUAGUACUGGUACUGAAUCCUGAUAGACGCCUUCAACAAGUUCAACUACCUGAGUUCACGAUGAACGAAGAUGUAUUCAAUUCCCGAAGGAGAUAUUCCACUGGGCCACAACCUCCGAUUCUGCUAGUGGAAGCCGCUGUCAGUGAUGCAACUGCAGUUGGUGAAAGCUCGCUGACACCCCGUAGUAACACUCGCCGGUUGCUACAGAAGGUCAAGCAAGGUGUAACUAGAAGACUUUCUUUCUUCAGACUUUCCCGCAGCUACGACUCUGCCCAAGACGUCAAACCUGAAGGUGCAUCAUUAUCUCCGCAUAUCGAGGAUGCGCAUUCUGGUGUGGAAGAAGAUGUUGGUUCCCAACCAAUAGUCGCGCAGGUUCAACAUACCACCUUCGGUGUCGACGAAGGCGCUGGUCUCCAAUCGGUAGUCGCGCAUAUUCACAAUAUCACCGAAGAAGGAUCUGGUCUCCAAUCCGUGGGCACGGAACGUCGAGCUGCAUAUGAGACUACAGAUCACACGAAUACACUUGAAAGGACUCAUACAGAGAUUGAAUCGCCCGGCUUAGACCGAUUUAUGAGCCAGCGCCACGAUAUCUCUACCGCCACAUCUUACUCGGCACAGAAUACAAAAACUAUUUCCUGUGAUCCACUUUCCUAUCCGCAUUGUCUUGACGAGAUGGAUAAAGAUGGUCGUUCAGCAUCACAAGCACUCUCAUUGAAAGAUGAUCACAUAGUUCGGAGAGACAAGCCCCUCGUACCCAAGGAUGCGAAUGAUGAUGAUGAUGAUGUGUAUCUAUCUGCAAAAUCCGGUGAUGGAGAAGGCUUUACGGACGCAGAAGAUUCCCUUCCGGAAAAUGAUGCUCGUGACCUUGUCCAGUCAAUUAAAUCGAUGUACCGGGUUUUGGACUUGGUCAGUGAACGAGGUAGUGGUGGGCUAGUGGACAAAAUUAUUAUUGCGCAGGAUUCACUCCGGACAUUUAUCAAUGCCAUUUGUCCCGGUGCAUAUGUGUCUAUGACGAAUGUCGACUUUAGUGCGCUGGAUGGCUUGAUCGUGAAGCCCAUUGGCAUCUAUGGGAGCAAAGAGGAAAUAGUGCGACUCUUGUCGUCUCUUGGUGCUGUCGAUGACCACGUAGCAGCCCAGCUUGUCACGAACCACAGCGAGUCCAGUGUUUCCAAACCAAGCCUUCGGUCUGGACUUUACAUUGUUCGAACAAAUUAUGAAGCUACCUCCGAUGAACAAGUGUUCGUCAUCUACUGGCCCGAGGAUGCCACUUGGGACGACUCAGCUCCUUCAUCCGUGAAACGCACCCGUGUCACUUUCAUGCGAUACCUUACCACAAUAUGUGAUCAAGUCAUGGCACUCAUCUCCCCUGAGCAUGCACGUUCCGUUGUAUGGAGUGGACAGGAAGGCGAAGACACCAUGGAAAUGGAUGAAAACCAAGACGAGUACGACAGAAUGUUCACAUUCGAAGUUAUGAAAACCAACGAGCAAGAAGAAGCCAUAAAACCGCGUCCUGGUUUCAAGGCUACGUCCAGUCACAUAACCACGCCCCAGGCUCACCCGGAGAUGACAGUGGAUGUUGGACUGCAUAUGCCCUGCUUAUUGCACGGCGAGACUACUCAAGGGUUCAUGACCAGCAGUUAUCUACCUGCCAGGAAGAUCGCUGAAAAGUGGACGCGCAAGUCCAUUACCCGCCUCCAGUUAAGCAAUUGGCUGUGCAAUGACAGUUUGCGGAUAAAUGAGAAUUUGGAUGUCAACGCACUUCAUCUUUUACUGGAUGCAGGCCUUCGAGAUCGCUUUCCGCAACUGUGCAAUCAGUGGCAGCAGGAGUCAGCCGAUAUUUUGUCGAAUGUCUGGGCUUCCAACACAUUGACAGAGGCCAGAACCAGGAGGAAGUUGGAGGAUGACUCGCCCCUUCUUACUCCCAUUUUCCAUUGGGCAUUGGUUGACGCCAUUAUUCAGAAAUUUCCUACUUUCACCCAUGAUUCCUUCCCUUACUCUGCUAAAAACGAGCAGGACUGCCCUGCAACUCAAGAACCCGAACACGCUACCGAGUCGCGCUUGGAACAGCCUCAAUCAUUUCUGAUUCAUUCACUUAGUAGCUCUUCCCCUCACUCCAUGAUGAGCGUACAGCAUAGCUCCAAGGUUCAAGAUGAACUUUCAACUAUCAUUGAGCUAUAUCCAGAAAUAGGGGAAGAGCUUCGUCACACAGUGCAAAAGCUGUGUAUCGAGAAAAUUGACAGUCGCGAUUUCAAGAGCUACAAGCAACGAAUUUAUGUCGCUCAAAGCCUACUUCGUCAAUUUCCAGACAUCAAGAUGGAAGACGAAGAUUUCUUGAAUUUCAUUCUCGACGAGGAUAUACGACAUGUCAGGGAAUCUGUCAGGAUGAUGGGACGAAGUGCUUCUCCGCAUCAGCAGCCAAAGGGAUUGAUCAACACUGCCUUGAAUGGCUUCAAUUCCUUCAUCUCGUCUGGACAAGACUCCCAGUUCGUCGAUAAGACAUUCAACGAAGCAGAGGCUGCUGCAUCUGCAAUCAGUGACACUCAAUUCCUCGCUGAGUUGGAUGACACCGAGAAGUUACCUGUCCUGAAGAAAGUCGUCGCAGGUACCAGGGCUGCUGCGUUGGCGCACUUCAGAUCACUUCUAAUGAUGCAAACAACAACUUUGACUCAUUUGACGCUGCACAUACAAAUCAAUAAGUGUGUUGCCCAGUUUCGUAGGGAAGCGGUCAGCAGUGAAGAAAAACAACAGGCCGAUUCACGAAAGAGGUUGAUCGUUUCCUUCAAUGCCCAUUCGCAGAUAGAUUUUCAUUCGCACACCUCUCUUAUUGAUGCCAUCGAGAAUGGACGAGGCUUAUGGUCUCUAGCACCGUCUUCGGUGCAAAUAACUGGUUCAAGGGAAAAUUUCGAGCAGCCAAAGCUGAAAUUUACAGUUCAUCUCAUGCAAUUGACAGCGCAGGAUUUGCAUUCCUUGCAGUUAGAUUCCAGCGUGGUUCCUUCACCCAAGUUCACGAAUUCGUUCUCAUUCAAGCUACCCUUGGGUCAUUCAGUGGUGAGAGCGCAACUACUUCCAGGCGAGAAGAUCUUGCUUGCAACGACUGAUGGGUUUGGAAGCUUGACGAUGUACCUGGAACAUCUCACUGCUAUUGAGGGCGCCUUGGUUCAUGGUGGCCGCGGGAAAAAGCUACAUAGCAAUAAGAUUGGCGAAUUUGUUCUGGCUUUCGAUGAGUCGAAGCAUGUGCUCAGCGUUGUUGCCACAGAGAAACUCUUGUUACACAUCUUCGUUCACGACGAUAGCCGUGUCGUUUUCCAGGCCAACGGCAGUGCAAUCAAUUUGACGCAAUGGUAUCCUGAAGGGACUUCUAUCAAACAUGCAUGUUUCAUACACGGCGGGGAAGAAUUGCUGCUCGUUGAUACAUUGGCACAGGCCAGAGUUUACUCCUUGACGACCAUGCAGUUCAGGCCCGCAACGCUCAAUCUCAUCCAGAUUCCAACGGCAAUCUACUCGACUCCGGAUGGUUCUUGCUUACUCACGUCUCAUGUCCACGGGACUGACUUGAUACUAACUGCCUACCACUGGAGCACAUUUGGCUCAACGGAUGGCAUCCCACUUGAGAUCCCCAAUCUUCCAUUGGACCAACCACUACUUCUGACGUCGUUGAUUAACCGGAAUGUCGUGCAUUUGGUCACACUUGACAUUAACACACGAUCAUGUCGAUCUAUUGCUCUUGACAUCACCCGGAAAGUGACAGAGUUCACCUUCAAAGAAAGGAGUACCCGAGGAGAGAAUGCAAAAUCUGGAAAUAUCGCUGCCCAUAGCUGCCUCAUUGAUUGUCACGCCGAAGUAUGGACACGCUUCCCGGUUCUUACUGCCAUCCAGCGGGAAACAAUCACUUCUUCAAGUAAGAGGUGUCAGCGAACGUUGGUGUUCGUUACAGAACAAGACUAUGAUAGAUUCAUACCGCACUUCCAUGAUCUUAUUUCAACCUUCGAAAGGACGUCAAAGAAGCCUACUGGAAAUCUUCUCAAGAGCAUUGAUGUCUCUUCAACGACACACUCUGCUUUUCGUAAUAGUCACCUUGGUGGUGCGGAGUGGAGCGUGUCGAAAUUUCGCGCUGGAGAGUGGCUGGCAGAGUUCCUCUGCCUCAUUCCUAUCCAGAUUGCCCUGACAAUGGAGAAUCGUUUCAUCCCGCUAAAGGACGGGGUGUAUUCUACUCAGCUGGAGAAAUCCCUUCUCGGUGCGGAAGUCAACCGUAUUGUCGAUCACCUGUCCUUUGGUUGGUAUGAAUCUUUGUUCCAGUCGUACAUGGCCAAAAAGCCUGUCAAAGUCGUGUCAUCUAUGGGUGAACAAUCAGUGGGGAAAAGCUUUUCCUUGAACCAUCUUGUGGAUACAUCUUUUGCUGGAUCAGCGAUGCGCACAACAGAGGGAGUAUGGAUGUCAGUGACUCCGACCAAAGAUGCUCUUGUGGUUGCUUUGGAUUUUGAAGGUGUCCAUAGUAUUGAACGUUCAGCUCAAGAAGAUACCUUGCUUGUCCUUUUCAAUACUGCAAUCUCUAAUUUGGUGCUAUUCCGGAAUAACUUCGCCUUAAGCCGCGAUAUCACAGGACUAUUUCAGUCAUUCCAGUCCAGUGCGACUGUUCUAGACCCAGCAGCCAACCCGAAUUUGUUUCAAUCAACAUUAGUGAUCAUCAUCAAGGACGUCGUAGAUUCAGACACAUCCGAUAUAGCUAAAGAGUUCGCUCUUAAGUUUCACAAGAUUGUCCAGGAUGAACAAGAGGCCAACUUCAUUUCUCGCCUCCACGCUGGGCAGUUGAAUAUAAUUCCAUGGCCGGUGAUUGAGUCGCAAGAAUUCUACAAGCUGUUUCCAGCCCUUAAGCGUCAAUUGGACAAACAGAAACUUACUCAUAAUACAGCGGGAGAGUUCCUUCAUGUGAUGAAGACCUUGAUGGCAAAACUGAAGGCAAAUGAUUGGGGCGCUCUCUCACAAUCGAUGGCCUCACAUCGAGCACAACUUCUUUCAGUAAUGUUACCCAACGCUCUAGCGUUUGGACUGCAAGAGGUUGAUCCUUGCCCGGAACCUUUGAAGAACCUGGAUGAUGGUGUUCCAAUUGACAUGCCUGAUACUGCGUCGGAAUUCUCAUUAGUGGAGGGGCAGCAGUCCUCUCAUGAGGCCGCUCUGCACGUCCUGUCUCGUGCUUGGCAAGAUUAUGAUUCUCGCCAGCACAUGGCAGACGUUGUUUGGGUUGGAAAUUUGACUGCUCAUAUCGACAAUCUGAUCGAUUUGCGCAUCGCUCACGUUCGCGAGUGGAUAUCAUUGAAUGUUGCUCGCUUUCCAAGCGGGCAAGCAAGCAUUGGCGACCUCAUGAGAACGUUUGGCGGUGCAACAAUAGACUUGAAGAGCAACUUGCAGUUGUGCAAGCUGAAAUGUGCAAGCUGCGAGCUGCUCUGCAUUCAAAGUAGAUUGCACGAUGGACAGCAUAAUUGCCAGACAUCUCAUGCUUGCAUACAUUCUUGCGAUUUCUGUGCGUUAUUCGGAGAGACCAAGGCUUGUACGAUGUCAGCGGGACAUCCAGGCAAUCACAUGUGUCUUGUGAAUGCGCAUCUCUGCGGUCAAACUUGCAAACUUUUUGGGAGACAGGGAUGUCUAAAUGAAUGUACAAAGGUGAUCGCGCAUGCAGAAGACGAUCAUCUGUGUGCUGCUACUGUCCAUGCUUGCGGUCAGCCUUGUGAGCUGUCAAAGUUUAGGUUGGCUGACGGAUCAACUCCAACUUGCCGCGGUAUAUGUGGCACUCCAAUUGACGUGGACCAUGACCAACAUCAGUGUGAUGCUCGACUUUGCUCUUUCCCCUGCCAACUUUGUAAGAGACUCUGUGCGAGUGCAGACCAUCUUCACGGCUUGCAAGACGGUGCUAUUCAUCUCUGCGGGGAGGAACACCCAUGUCCCAAGCUGUGCACUGCCGACGGCAUUUGCGAAAUAGAGACUGCGCCACAAUCAAUCGAGGCGACGUUCACUGGAAAGCACGAGACAUUCCAGUACACGAAGUAUUCACAAGUGGCAAAACGACUGAAAUGUUCCAAACCGAUACCCCCGGGCCUAGCAGCCCAUGAGGGUAAGCAUAAUCAUAGUUUGGACGAAAAAGUGGUGCAUUUUUGCAGAGCAAGGUGUGAGCACUGUGGCUACUAUUGUACAUUACCGCUCGGUCACCCCCAACAAGAACAUGAAACCAGACACGGAUCCAUGUCUUCGUCACAAUGGGCAAUCGAUGGCCCAGAUGGUACAAGUCUCGAGGUUGAAGGCCGUCGCUUCUCCUCAAACGAUGAGGGUGCACCGAUGAUGUGCAACAUUGUCUGCCAGACAUUGGGCAGACACGUACACAUUGACUACUGUCGAUCGCAGGAUGUUACCUCGUGCAGAUUGGACCCUGAAGUUCUGCAUAUAUCCAAGAGAGUGUCACCAACCCCGGACCGUCCUAAAGACUUUUUGACACACAAUCUCUUCUGGCGACGGAGUGGCUUCAAAGAUCCAUACUCCCGGGAAGAACAAGCAAACUUUGCAAAGUGUGACGCCAUGUGCAGUGGUCCUGAACACACAACUGCAGAGGGAAAUGCCGCUCAGCCCUCUUUUUGUACUUUGCCUCUCUUUCACGUUCCGAUGGAUCCAAACACCCCCCUAGAGAGCCUCGGAUACAUCUCCAAUGAUGGGCAUCAUUUCUCUUGCAGGAAUCCCGUGGUGAUGCAGCAAGCGUUUCACGUAAUCUUUGUGGCAGAUAGAUCUCGCUCCAUGUGUCGGAGAGAUCGGCAACCUCUCAGGAAUACACCCACCUCGGACAAAAUUAUUCGAAGCUCUAACAAUAGGUUUGGCGCUGUUCUGUCGUCCUUGUACAGCUUCUGGUCUGCCCGAGCUGCAGCAGUCGCUGGUUCACAAGCAGCUAGACGAGACUCCUACAGUGUCAUCCUGUUUGAUCAGUCUGUCGUGGACGCCGUGGUCAACGAUUUCUCCAGCUCGCCUGACAACUUGCUAGACGCUGUGUUACGUUAUCAAACUUCAGCAGGCACAAACUUCACUGCUGCCAUUCAACGUGUCCAGUCAGUUAUGGAGCAACACUGGAGCACAGAGAGAACCCCUGUAAUAAUAUUCCUGUCCGAUGGCGAGAGCCCUAUCGAGGACCAAAUCAUUCAAGAUUUGUGCCGCUCUGCAAUCCGUCUUGGAAAACCAUUAUCCUUCCACUCUGUUUCUUUUGGCCAAGAUAAACAUUCUUCGUCAUUGAGAAGAAUGUCCCAGAUCGCUCUAGAAGCCCAGAACAACGCCCCGCGAGACCCCUUGGCUCCCGUGGCGGCCACUGUUUUAUCCACAUACUCAGAAGCUUUAGAUACGGUUCAACUUGCUGAAACAUUCCUCGGAAUUGCUCAUUCACUCACAAAGCCAAGAGGGUUUCUCAUUAGCAACAAGGACACGUAAAAUGGGGGAAGGGAUACAGAAAUGACAUGUACACGUUGCGUUCUGAUAUCUUGGCUAGAUGCUUCAGUGCUCAGCAAUACUGCUAGCAAUUGUAAAGUU